AGAAGAGGUGAUGAAAGAAUGUCGACAUUAUCGCGCUCAUUCCAUUGCAAAAAAACCCAACCGAAUCAUUCACCUCUUCUUCUCCCACUUCUAUUUCCUCCAUAUGACGACACUCCCCUCUCUUACCCCUUUUCUAUUCUCUUCAUCAUAUUCUAUAACCCUAUUUUCUUUCUUUUCUUUACCCACACUUCUUUUCUUCUUUCAUUCCCAUGUUUAUUCUCGAGGAUCUCUGGCAAUUACUUCUCCAAUUCCUCAUCGGAAAUACUCGCUUCUUCUCUGAAAACGAAUCGUUCAUCAAACUCAGAGAAUCAUCAUCAACAUCAUCAUCAAUGGCGAAUUCGACAUGCGGAGGUGCUGAGUCAGACCUAUGUAGAGACGAAUCAGCCGCGUUCGUUCUCAAAUUCAUAGCUAUGGCGUCGAUUCUGUUAGCAGGAAUGGCUGGAAUCGCGAUUCCAUUAAUCGGAAAACACCGUCGGUAUCUUCGUACAGACGGAAACGCUUUCGUUGCCGCGAAAGCAUUCGCGGCAGGUGUGAUACUAGCAACAGGUUUUGUCCACAUGUUAUCUGAUGCGACUAAAGCGCUUAAUAGUCCUUGCUUACCGGAAUUCCCGUGGUCGAAGUUUCCGUUUACUGGUUUUUUUGCCAUGGUGGCGGCGCUUUUAACUCUUUUACUUGAUUUCCUUGGAACUCAGUAUUAUGAACGGAGACAGGGGUUGAAUCGUACGGUGGAUGAGCAAACUAGGGUUGGAACUUCUUUGGAAGAAGGGAAUGUUGAAUGGAAUUCAGGGAAGGUUUUUGGGGAAGAGGAGAGUGGUGGAAUGCAUAUUGUUGGAAUGCAUGCACAUGCGGCGCAUCAUAGACAUAACCACCCUCAUGGUAAUGAAGCAUGUGAUGGUGCUGGUGUAGUGAAGGAACAUGGCCAUGCUCAUGCUCACGCACACGCACACGCAUAUGAUGUAGAUGAUGAAGCUGGCGUACGACACGUCGUCGUUUCACAGGUGUUGGAGCUUGGGAUCGUGUCACAUUCGGUGAUAAUCGGAUUGUCUCUGGGAGUUUCACAAAGCCCAUGUGCCAUAAGGCCUCUAAUUGCUGCAUUAUCCUUCCAUCAGUUUUUUGAAGGGUUUGCACUUGGAGGGUGUAUCUCCCAAGCUCAAUUCAAGACCUCAUCGGCAACGAUAAUGGCUUGUUUUUUUGCACUCACUACACCUAUUGGUGUUGGCAUUGGCACAGGCAUUGCUUCAGUUUAUAACCCUUACAGUCCUGGUGCACUCAUAGCUGAAGGUAUAUUGGACUCAUUGUCAGCAGGGAUUUUAGUUUACAUGGCUUUAGUUGACUUGAUAGCUGCAGAUUUUCUUAGCAAAAGAAUGAGCUGUAAUUUUAGGUUGCAGAUAGCAUCUUAUUGUAUGCUUUUCCUUGGAGCUGGGUUAAUGUCUUCACUAGCAAUAUGGGCAUGAACCCUACCAAAUCAACUGUAGUUGUUAAAAUGUUGUUCAAUUUUGAUAUAUGUUUCUUUCUCUCUUUAA